ACAUUAUGUAACGAUAAUACAUAACAAGCUCAACCGGGACUGUCACAACGUGGUCAAUUAAUUUCAAUUCCAUAUGUGGAACCCACAUCUAUUAAUUAUCCGGCAUUAUUAGUCCAUCAAGUUACUCUUCCUCCGUACUCACAAAAAUUAGUUGAUAUAACAUGUCAAAUUAACGAUGCAAAUAAUCUUAUAUUUGAACCUUAUGAACGUCAUACAUCAAAAUUUAUUCUCACACCACAUACAUUAUUGAAUAUUAAUAAAAAUCAAGCCAAAAUAUUAUUAAUAAAUGCACAAGAUCGACAACAAACAUUACCACAAAAUACACGAAUCGGAGCCCUUUCUCGUCAUUCAACCUAUACGAUAUAUGCUACAACGCAACCUGACAAAGAACGUAAUUUUUUCUCAAAUGCAAAUUAUCGAUCUUUACCUCGGCAGUCUAAACAAUUAAAAUCCAGAGUUGUCUCAUGUAGUAAAGACAACUCGAAUCAAACAAAAUUCAAGACUUAUUGUUACCGCUGUAAUGAAUAUUUUUUAUCUGGAAAUGAUUUACAAAAACAUUUACGAGCAGAAUGUUAUUCAGAACAGAUUCGAAAACAAAUACUCGAAUCGACUAAGCACAUAGAAAAUCGAAAACACCAAUUAGCAAUUCAAGAUAUACUAUGGCGAAACAAAAUAUUAUUUGAUCCUACACCAUCAAUAAUAAAUAUACCUUCACAAUCUGCAAUUAAAACUGGUGAUCAUCCGCCUAUCUAUUCAAAACAAUAUCCAGCUCCAUAUAAAGAUCAAGAAAUUAAAUUUCAAGAAGCACAAAAAUUAUUAGAACGUGGUCAAAUUGAAGAAUCAACUUCUCCAUGGUCUUCUCCUGUUGUUCUUGUUAAGAAAAAAGACAGAACUAUGCGAUUUUGUAUUGAUUAUCGUCGAUUAAAUGCUAUUACAAUUAAAGAUGCUUUUCCACUUCCUCGAAUAGAUGAAAUAUUUGAUCAAUUAUCCGAUGCAACAUUUUAUACAAAAUUUGAUUUUAAAUCUGGUUAUUUCCAGGUACCUCUAUCUAAAGAGGACCGUCCUAAAACGGCAUUGUCAACUCGUGAUAAUCAUUAUCAAUUUACUGUUCUUCCACAAGAAAUUACCAACGGACCCGCAACUUUUCAACGUGUAAUUAAUCACAUAUUAGGACCCGCACGAUGGAAAUAUGCAUUAGCUUACAUUGAUGAUGUAAUUAUAUACUCGAAAACAUUUGAAGAACAUUUAUUACAUCUUAAUGAAAUAUGUACAAUAUUAAAAAAUGCACGAUUUCGUCUUAAUCCCGAUAAAUAUGAAAUUGCUCGAACUCAAACAGAUUACCUUGGACAUAAUAUUAAAAAUGGUGAAAUUCGUCCAAGUCCUCAUAACAUUAAUGGUUUAUUAAAUACGAGAUUACCACAAACUGCAGAUGAGGCUUGA